AUGUACCUAGUUGUAUCUGAGCAUUGCGUUUUGGGUACAGUGCAGACCAGUCAGUCUCCAAUCGAGGAAUUAACUCUCACCCCCCGUUCUUACGCCUGCUGCACCCCAAGUCCCCCCCAAUUCGUUCCCGUAACCCUUUCCCUCCCUUUCCACCUGGACCACACACCCCUCGUCUCCUCCGUCCACCUUCCGUCUACCGAUCUAUUCGUACCUGCCGCACGGUACGGUCCUGUUCGGUGUGUGUGUCGCGGCUUUUCGGGCUGGGCUUGUCAUGUACGCGUCCCUGGCCUGCUUGCAAUUACCCAACCCGUUAUUCGUCCCCUCCCCCCUUCCGUCACAAUUUACCUUGACCCUGCUUUGAGAGACCGCAGCGAAAGAGAAGGCGCGAGACCCAGAGACACGCCUAGCUACGCCUACGGAGUACACACUAUCCGUACACAUACGCACAUACACGCAAAUACCUUAUACACACACACACACACAUACACAGCCGAGGGCAUAUUGGUAUUGGAUCUUACUCCUCAACCCGCCCCAGGCAUGUCGACCCCGUCCAAGCGUCCCACGGCACUGCUCCGCCGCCUUUCCGCUGUGAGUGGGAGUGCGUGGGUGACGUCUCCAAGAACGGGAACGGGAACGCACACCCUCCUCCGCUGCCUCAAUUCUGCCUACCCCUUUAGGCCACCUCAACCACAUCCAGCUCUGCGCCGCCUCUCCCUCCGCGUCUAUCAAACAUCCAGCCCGGCCGCCUCUCCCUGCGAUCCUUACUUAACCCCCAGCGCCGCCCGCCUCCACCUGACCUCUUCUGCUUCCUCCCUCCCUCACCUCAACAACACCUUGACGGCUGCGAAGAACUCAUCCCCUUCAUUACCAGCAACUGUCAUCAUGUCUGCAACCACCACUGCCACCAUGACCGCCAACCCGCCUCAGUCUCGCAAGAGCCAUGGUCAUCACCACCAUCACCACCACGGCCACGACAAUGUCUACCUGACCUCAGCCAACAAGAACGAUGCCGGCGUGCGCAUCACUCGCAUCGGCCUCUACUCCAACCUGGGCAUGGCCUUUGCAAAGGGCGCCGGUGGCUACGCAUUCGGCUCUCAAGCCAUGAUUGCUGAUGCCUGGCACAGUCUGACGGACCUGGCCUCCGACGUCCUGACACUGGCCACCGUUUCGUGGAGCUUGAAACCCCCGACCGCAGCCUUCCCCACUGGUUUCGGCAAGAUUGAGAGUCUGGGGUCUCUGGGUGUCUCCAGCAUGCUUCUGGGCGGUGGCCUGUUCAUGUGCUGGAGCAGCUUGAUCACCCUCCACGCUCACCUCUUCCUCGACCCUGCAGCUGCUGCAGAGGCCAUUGCUCACGCUCAUCACGGUCACAGCCAUGGUCAUGGUCAUGCUACUCCGAGUUUGCACGCUGCUUGGUUGGCCUUGGGAACAAUCGCAAUCAAGGAAUGGCUGUACAGAGCUACCAUGAAGGUUGCCGUCGAACGAAAGUCCUCUGUCCUCGCCUCCAAUGCCAUUCACCACCGUGUCGACAGCUGGACCGGCAUUGUCACACUCCUUGCUAUCCUCGGUGCAAACUUUUUCAAGGAUGCGACCUGGCUGGAUCCCGUUGGUGGCCUGAUGAUUUCUCUCCUCGUCAUCAAGGCUGGUGCCGAGAACACUCUGUCUUCUGUAUACGAAUUGGCCGACCGCGCUAUUGACGAUGAAAUCAAGGGCGAUGUCCAAAAAUACGCCCUCCGAAGUCUCUCUGAUGUCACAAAUGGCCACGAGGUUGAUGUUCGCAAUGUUUCGGGUGUCAAGUCCGGUCAGAACUACCUGGUGGAUAUUGACUUGGCUGUGCCCGGAGCUUGGUCCGUCGAGGCUGUCCGCGAAGUGGAGGAUCAGGUCCGUACUCUUGUCGGUGCCAAGGUCCGGGGUGUGCGGAGAAUCAAGGUGCGCUUCGUCCCGAAGGAGGCCGAAGUUGCGCGCCCAUUCGAUGAGUUCAUCCCCGGAGAAGCCAACCGAGAGGCUAGCGAGGAGGCCGACGACCACAGCCACACCAAUGGCAAUGGCCACAAGCACGACUAAGGCAGCCAGUUUCUAUGUACAGUUGGAGGAAGAGCUUGCCAUUCACGACGAGAUACCCUUGGUUUUCUUUACCAUUUCUGGGAGCGUGGUAAAGCCACCGUCCUUUUUUUUUUCGGUCUACGGGAGGGGGUGUUGCCAUGUAUAGAGAGCAUUCUUGGAGAGAGUCCUCCAAGGCAUCCAUUUGCAUCAGGGCGGCGUUUAGGGAGGGAUCACAAAAGGCCAGCGACAGGCCGGUCGUCUCGAGAGACUUGUUUUAUAUCUCUCGUCUGCUGAAUAACAGAUUUGCUUUGUUCUGAACUGUGUCUAUUCCCGUCGCAUCAUGGUAUUUCAUGGGAAUGCUAGUCGUUGAAAAAGUGCCCGUCUAUCCU